AUUAUAGCGCUUUAUAUAGCAAUUAGCGCUAUUUUAAAAACUGGUUGGUCUGAUAGUUAAGGGUUAAUGAAUUAUAAAAGUGAGUGAAAGAAAAGAAAUUCAGUGCCAAUAUACUUCGCCCAAAAAUAGUAACGUGGUAAUAAAGAAAAAGCACUUCGGACGUUGGGAAAUGAACAUUUGAAUAAUCCAGCGCUUUAUUUUUACCCGCCUUGGGUUCUUUUUUACGGGACAGUUUUAAAUUCGUCUUUUUGGAGAAAUUCUACCAAAAAGAUAUCAAGCAUAAUUGAGGAAAAACCCAGAGUCCCAAAACGACUAUGUGACGUCCGAAUUUACCUACGUCGAUUGACAAUUUAGAGUAGCGUUCGCUAUGGCACGUAUAGAACACAUCCACGUCUAAAAGUGCAUGCAUUUCAUUUAUGGAGAAAAACACAAGUUACGCCAAUGGCAAAAUUUUACCGCGAAGUUUGGAGCGAGCGCGCGCGCGCGUCGUGCUUAUCAGAGUAGCGAAUAGCGAUCCGUUGAUGGUUUGUGAUAGCGAUGUAUUUGUGGAGGCGGCAGAAUAAGUGUGGUAUGCAGAGUGUGCGUUUGUUUCGUAAAUCUAGGGAGUGGAGUACGUUUUUGGCAUUACCGGUUUUCCAGUAAUCGAACUGAGUAUGGCAUUUCAAGUGCAUGGAAUUCAUUAUAUCGGCAUGCGCAACGAACAAGCGGCGUGCUACGCCGCACAAGCAAUGGGCUAUCUAACGGGCAAACCUGCUGCCUGUAUGGUCGUUUCUGGACCGGGCCUCUUACACUGCACGGCCGGAAUGGCAAAUGCGCAAAUUAACUGCUGGCCUCUCUUGGUAAUCGGCGGUUCAACGGCGCAAGACCAUGUCGGAAUUGGAGGUUUUCAAGAGUGCAACCAGGUCGAACUAUCACGCCCUUAUUGUAAAUAUUCCGCUCAGCCGGCCAGCGUUGACUUAAUUCCCCAGCACGUAGAGAGCGCCGUACGUUUGGCAAAAUGUGGCCGACCCGGUGUUUCCUACUUAGAUUUUCCAGCAAAUUUACUUCAAAAAACAGUUUUGGAAGAGACAAUUCCGAAGCAAUACGUGGUCGACAACUAUCCGCUUACGUUUCCCGAUCCGAAAGACAUUCACGACGCCGCUAAAUUAAUUUCAAAUGCGAAAAGGCCGCUAGUAAUAAUCGGUAAAGGAGCUGCGUAUGCUAGAGCUGAAGGUGACGUUCAAGAGUUAAUCUCCGUCACUAACCUUCCGAUUUUGGCAACUCCAAUGGGAAAGGGCGUCGUAUCAGAUCUUUCACCCAACAGCGUGGCACCCGCUCGCUCUUUGGCACUAUCGCAAGCAGACGUUGUACUGUUGUUGGGUGCACGACUUAACUGGAUAUUACACUUCGGAAGAUCCCCACGGUAUGCGUCCAACGUUAAAGUUAUUCAAAUCGACGUGUGCGCUGAAGAGUUGCACAAUAGCGUUAAAUCGGCGGUAGCAAUACAAAGCGACUUAAAACCAGCAGUACGCCAAUUAACUGCCGCGUUAAGGCAGAACGGUUAUCAGUUUCACAAUACAUCUGAGUGGUGGGCGACAUUAAAAAAGAAAUGUUUGCAGAACGAAACAGGUGUAAAAGCACUUGUACAAGACACGUCAGCUCCAUUAAAUUACUACACUGUCUUUCACCACUUGCAAGAGAUCUUACCACCAGACUGUAUAAUCGUAAGUGAAGGUGCCAAUACUAUGGAUAUUGGUCGAUCCAUGCUUCCAAAUGCACUACCACGCCAUAGGCUUGAUGCGGGAACUUUUGGAACUAUGGGGGUAGGACCUGGGUUUGCAAUUGCUGCCGCUUUGUGGUGUCGCCAGCACGCACCUGACAAGCGAGUAGUUUGCGUAGAAGGCGACUCUGCUUUCGGCUUUUCAGGAAUGGAAAUUGAAACGAUGGUCAGAUACCGACUGCCUGUUCUUAUAGUCAUCGUUAACAAUUCCGGAAUUUAUAGCGGUCUCGAUCAGGACACGUACAAGGACCUGCGAGAUGUUAACCCCGCUACGCAAUCGCUUCCACCUACCAGCCUCUCUUUUGCUACCAAAUAUGAAAAUAUGAUGUGCCUUUUUGGCAGGAACGGUUAUUUCUGUCAAACGAUUCCCGAGAUGCAAAACGCCGUUAAGGAGUCUUUCAAUGUUACCGAUGGCCCUAGCAUUGUAAAUGUUAUUAUUAGCCCUUCAGCUGAUCGCAAACCGCAGCAAUUUAAUUGGCUUACGAGCUCAAAAUUGUAAUUUCCAAAGCUUUGUAAACUAUUUUUGUAAUUAUUAUUAUGACUUAAUAUGUAUUCUGUGAACGGA